GCAGGGGUGCAGCAGCCCAGCGUUAUCCUGCGUGAUGCCAGCACCGGGGUGCCGCAACGCAGCGUUACUCUGCAUGAUGCGGGCGCCGGGGUGCGGCGACCUCGCGCUGCAGGAUGCAGACGAGCCAUCCCCGUGGUGGAGGAGCCUGGCGCUGCAGGGGUGCAGCAGCCCAGCGUUAUCCUGCGUGAUGCCGGUGCCGGGGUGCAGCAGCUUCGCACCGCAGGGUCCGCGCGUGCCAGCCCCGUGGCAGAGGAGCAGCAGCCCAGCGAUGCCGGCACCUGAGGGGCCCAGCGGUCGGCGGAGGCCACGGGGCAGCUGGGUGCACGCGGCCCCGGCGCUGGCAGCGGUGGUGGUGGCGUCUUGCUAUGGCCGGGGGCACCUGUCCAAGGAAGAUGCCCUGCUGGAAGCCUCCAGGAUCAACAACAUUUCCGAAGUUGAGAGGUUGUUGUCAGAGGGCGCAGAUAUGAAUGCCAGGCACAAGCUCGGCUGGACCCCGCUCAUGGUAGCAGCCAUCAACAGAAAUUCUAGCGUGAUCAAGAGCCUGCUUGCAGCUGGUGCCGAUCCCAACCUAGGAGAUGAAUUCAGCAGUGUCUAUGAGACAGCCAAAGAGAAGGCACUCCAUUCACUGGAAGUUCUAGUGACCCGGGAGGACGAGUUCAACAACCGCCUGAACAACCGAGCCACGUUCAGGGGCUGCACAGCUCUACACUACGCCGUGCUCUCUAACGACUAUGGGACCGUCAGGCUGCUGCUGGAAGGAGGAGCCAACCCCCUGCAGAAGAAUGAAAUGGGACACGCGCCGCUGGAUUAUGCCCGCGAAGGGGAAGUCAUGAAACUGCUGAAGGCUUCGGAAACAAAGUUCCAGGAAGAGCAGCGGAAGAGAGAGCUAGAGGAACGGCGCAGAUUUCCACUGGAGCAGCGGCUGAAAGAGCACAUCAUCGGUCAAGAGAGCGCCAUAGUGACAGUGGGAGCCGCUAUUCGGAGAAAAGAAAAUGGCUGGUACGACGAAGAGCACCCCCUGGUUUUCCUUUUCUUGGGAUCGUCGGGAAUAGGUAAAACAGAGCUGGCCAAACAGACGGCAAAGUACAUCCACAAGGACCUCAAGAAGGGUUUCAUUAGACUGGACAUGUCAGAGUUCCAGGAAAGACACGAGGUUGCCAAGUUUAUUGGCUCUCCCCCCGGGUACGUUGGCCAUGAAGAAGGCGGGCAGCUAACCAAGAAGCUCAAACAGUGCCCGAAUGCAGUGGUCCUCUUUGACGAAGUCGACAAAGCCCAUCCUGAUGUCCUCACCAUCAUGCUGCAGCUGUUUGAUGAAGGCAGGCUGACGGAUGGGAAGGGGAAGACCAUUGACUGCAAGGACGCCAUCUUCAUCAUGACCUCCAACGUGGCGAGCGACGAGAUCGCCCAGCAUGCCCUGCAGCUCAGACAAGAGGCCCUGGAAAUGAGCAAGAACAGGAUCGCUGAAAACCUAGGUAAUGACUGCCAGAACACACUCUGA